UCCAUCUGCAGCUGUGCGUUGGUGCAGUCUUCUGCCUGGCACCCCUCUGACCACCAUCAUGUCCACACUUUGCUCCGUUGUGAUUGGGUUGAUUCUAGUUUUUUCAGCAAUGGCACAAGGUACAAACAGAGCCUCUUCGGUAGGAAAUUCAUACACCCUACAACCCUGGCUGCUGGGCCUUACUGCUGUGGUUGUUUUCCUGUUCAUCGUUUUCGUCUUGCUGCUUGUUAAUAGAAUGUGGUUCAAAAAAAAGAAGCAAGGAUCCAUCGAGGAGAAUCCCAAAGAGGAAAGGGUAGAAAUUAAUGCUUAUGAGAAUAAAGCAAUGGAAAAGGAUGACGACGAUGAGGAAAAGGAUUCCAAAAUCACUGCCAUGUGACUUAAAUAGCAGCUACCAUUUCCUGAGUUAAAACAAUUAAAGAGAAAUGUGAUAAAAGUCAUGAUCAGAAUUUUGUUUUUGCACAAAUUUCACGAAAUAAUAGUCUUCACUAGACAGUUAUUAGAUGGCAAAUUUUAAUUUUGUAUAGUGAAUUUUUAAGGCCUUCAUAAAGGUGACAUAUUUCUUUGCACUCAAAAUCUUUAUAUUUCCCCUUUGUGUUGAUGGCCUUCUUCUCUGUACUGAUUAUUUCCAUUUGCUAUAGCUAUAAAUGUUACUGGGUAAAUAAAUGUUGCGUUCCUAAAUGUCAAGUACUAUUUUUACUAUCGUUAUGCUCACAACUGCAAUCAUAAUAUUUUUUUAUGUGGAAUGCAUUCUCAAGCUUUACACUGAAAUAAAGUUGACCUUUUAUGAA